AUGAGUAUGGAGCAGUGAGAGUGCACAAUUUCCCGGAAAAUCGUGGCGGGAUUUUUUGACUCUUGAGAAAGAAAAAAAGAAAAUUCUUUUUGUCGGAUGUGUUCUUCAGAUUGCUCUUCAUCCUUUUCGAUUCUGUUUUUCUAAUUUUGCUUUCUCACUUCUCUCUCUUUACUUCUGUUCCUUUGAAGCUUAAAAAAUGGCGACUAAACUGAGUAACAUUUGAACUUUUAAAUUUUUUGUUUUUCUCUUCACUGUAAUACCCAUUUCGACUUCUAUUUUUGGGAAAAGUUUGUUGAAAAUGGCGAAAGCUGAUUUCAAAAUUUGAAGUUUUACGAGUUCAGAAGAAUCGGUAUGGUUUGUUUUCGAAACUGUUAUUUAAAGUCCAAAAAACUUCAAUAUUCAACUAUAUUUUAGUCAUAAAAUCACUUCAUUGACUGUACAAGAGAAGAGAAUGUUCAUAAUUUCUGAAUUCUGCAUGCCUUGGAAACUCAAAUCUCUUAUGUAAAUCGUUUCAUCCAUUUGGCAUUUUGAUCUUCCUUUUUUUGCUAUAUAUUCUCCCUUUUCCCUUCAUUAUUUCUCAUUCACAUCGAUUCCUUCUUCUUUGCUCUGUUUCUUCUUUUUCAAUACUCUGUUUUUUUCGAAAAACAAUGGGUGUGGUUUCACUCAGGAAUUUCUUCGUACUGUCUCUAGCUUUGAAUGUGAGUUUGAUUUUAAGAGCUGUAAAUCAGAAUGAGAAGCUCCACUAUGGAGCUUCAAUGGCGGUCGAGAAAGGGGCUAAAGUUGCCAAAAUGACAUUUUUGUCCUUACCUUCUCUGUCAUGUCCAUCAGCGGCUGCUCCUGAAACUCAAACUCCUCUUGCGACCGAUAGAGUCAUUAAUCUUGACCAUGGUGACCCGACAAUGUAUGAGCAAUAUUGGAAGCCAAUGGGGGACAAGACUACAAUAGUGAUCCCUGGAUGGCAAUCAAUGAGCUAUUUUUCUGAUGUUACGAACCUUUGUUGGUUCAUGGAGCCUGAAUUUGCUAAGCAAAUUGUGAGGAUACACAAGGUGGUUGGUAAUGCCGUGACUGAGGGGAGGCACAUUGUCGUCGGGACGGGAUCGUCUCAACUUCUCUUAGCUGCCCUCUAUGCCUUGUCCCCACUAGAUUCGUCGAACCCGAUCAGCGUGGUUUCUGCAGCCCCAUACUACUCGUCUUACCCUUUGAUGACCGACUGCGUUAAGUCGGGGCUCCACAAAUGGUCUGGCGAUGCAAAGGUAUUUGACAAGGACGAGCCUUACAUUGAAUUGGUCACCUCUCCCAACAAUCCUGAUGGCUUUGUCCGACAUGGCGUGGUCAACCGAACUGGUGGUAUAUUGGUCCAUGACCUUGCUUAUUAUUGGCCACAAUAUACCCCAAUAUCCACCCCAGCUGACAAUGACUUGUCGUUGUUCACCGUGUCAAAAUGUACUGGCCAUGCUGGGUUGCGCAUUGGGUGGGCUCUAGUGAAGGAUGUUGAAGUUGCAAAGAGAAUGAUCAAAUUCAUAGAGCUGAACACCAUUGGUGUGUCUAAAGACUCACAGCUUCGGGCUGCCAAAGUUCUUGAAGUUGUAUCCAACAGUUGUGAACAGGCCGGUGGUCUGGAGUAUGCGGAAUCCUUCUUCCAUUUCAGCCACGCCCUCAUGACCAAGCGGUGGAGGCUGCUAAGGGAGGCAGUGAAACGCAGUGGCAUAUUUAGUUUGCCUAAUUUUUCUCCUGCACAUUGCAACUUCUUUGACAACUACUUGGGAACUCAACCUGCUUUCGCAUGGUUAAAAUGCGACCGAAAUGACGUUGAUGAUUGUGAGAACUUCCUCCGACGCCACAAGAUCCUCACACGAAGUGGAAAACAUUUUGGUGUUGGCUCGAAAUACGUUCGAAUUAGUAUGCUUGACCGUGAAGAAACCUACAAUUUAUUUAUAGAGAGAUUGUCUGAGAUCAUCAGCUCAUACUCAUACAUCUGAUCUUAGUGAAGUGCUGAGAAGGCCUUAGAGAGUUAGAGGUUGAAGAAUCAGUGGGGGUUUUGGGUUGGCAACUGUAAAUUUGAAAAUGGAAAUGAGAAAAAAAGAAAAAAAAAAAAACUAGAGGAAAAUGUUUGUUAUUAAUUCUCAAUCUCAAUUUUUUUUUUUUAAUAUUAUUAUGAUUUUUUAAUUUAAUUUUGUAGCUUCAUUCCUCUUGUUCUAUUUAUGUACUUGCUAAUGAUAAAGAAACAAUGAUGUUAGAAUUAUUAAAAUUCCUA